AUGUUGUUCCGGUCUGUUCAUCAUAUUGUGGCUAGGUUCAGCAACUCCACGAGCACUCCGAUUCAUCGAUUUUUCUAUUCUCCUUCCCUUCUUCGUCGUCGUUCGUCUUUUAAUGCUUCUUUGAUAUCUCGUUGUUGUUCUUCUGUGAGCGAUGUUGAUGUGGCUCGAGACGCGGUGGUGAAGAUCUUCUCCUUUUCUAGAGAGCCAAAUGUUGUUCAACCUUGGCAAACAACUGAGAAAGAAUACUCAAGCUCUGGAUUUGCAAUCUCCGGGAGGAGGAUUCUUACAAACGCUCAUGUUGUGGGUGAUCACUUAUACCUGCAAGUGAGAAAACAUGGUUCACCCACUAAAUACAAAGCUGAAGUUAAAGCGUUUAGGUAUGGAUGUGACUUAGCUAUCUUAGGUAUUGAUAGUGAAGAGUUUUGGGAGGAUAUAAAUCCUUUGGAGCUCGGAGGCAUACCUUUUAUCGGUGAAACUGUCUACGCUUUAGGUUAUCCUCGUGGUGGUGAUACCAUAUCGGUCACAAAAGGUAUUGUAACGAGAGUUGAACCUCAAAAGUAUUCUCACAGCUCCAUUAAAAUGUAUGUAUAUACCAGUGGCGGAUCUACAAACAAGUUUUAUAGCGGUCAAAUAAACAAAAAAAUUUAUGAUGGACGAUAA